UUGUUUCAAGCUUUUAGAAAACAUCUUGAGAAAAUAUAUCUUGGAGAGCAAUGUUUCCUGGAUUUCUCUCAACAAGGUUGAAGAUUGAGCACUGUUAAAAUCACUGAUGUCCAUAGAUCUGGCCUCCAGCUCUGCCUUGUAGACUUGCCGUGUUAAAUCUUCAAAAACCUAGUCAUCCGCAAAGAAAAAUGUAAUAAUGGUGAAUUAUAGUGAUCAAUAGCAAUCACACUAACUUUCCCGAUCAAGUAUCAACUGGACCUUACGUUGUGACAAUGGUUCGAAAUCGUUCCUGACCAGCCGUAUCCCAUAGAUGGAGUUUGUGUCUACAUCCAUCCAGGCACAAUUCAAAUUAUUAUGAUGACAUCUCGUGACACAAACCUUGAUGUUUUGCUUCUGUGAAUUGUAGUAACAGACUACUUUUGCCGACAGCUGAUAAAAUGCAGAGCCACAGUUAAUUUCACAUGGGUAAUGGUGUUAGUAAUGGUGCUAAUGAUGAAUCGUUAUGAAUUUUAAUGAUUAGCGCUUUUGGCCCUGAUGAUCUUAGACAAAAAACUGGACUACUAUGGUGACCUUUUCUGAUCUAAUGGUCAUUCUGGACUGUGAGAACUAUGAAGCCACUCAAGAGAAUGAUAGCAGUCCUGUAUUAGUUGUACAUGGUAUGUUAGGGUCGAAAAAAAACUGGCACACAUUUUGCAAGUCUUGCAAUGAGAAAACUGGCAAGCAGAUUAUUGCUGUUGAUUGCCGAAACCAUGGUCAAAGUCCCAGAAGUGAUCACAUGUCUUAUCCAGUAAUGGCUGGUGAUAUUGCAGAGACUUUCCAAGAAAUGAUGAUUUCUAAAUGCAUUCUUAUUGGUCAUAGUAUGGGGGGGAAAGUGGUCAUGGAAUCUGCGCUGAGCAUGCCCAAUAUCAUUGAAAAGUUAAUAUUAGUUGAUAUAACUCCCAUUUCUGCUUCUACAAAAUUGGGAACUGUUAGUGUGGUUCCUAUGGUGUUAUCAGCGAUGACCAACCUGGAUUUAUCCAAAGUUAAAAACAGACAGGAUGCAGAUAAAAUGUUGGCAGAAACAAUACCAUUUGAUGGUCUCCGAGCGUGGGCUCUUACAAAUUUGUACAAAGAUGACAAAGGACAGUUUCAAUGGCAACAUAAUCUCAACAAUAUACAAGACAAUGUUGAUUCACUUUUCUCUGGGGUAGCUUUAAAUGAGAGAGAGCCGUACAUGGGGGAAACUCUGUUUGUUGGAGGAGGAGAGUCUGAUGUUCUGAGAAAUGUUGAUAUGAAUGAAAUGAGAAAAAUGUUCCCAAAUGCGAGACUUGAAAUGAUUCCUGGUGCUGGACAUUUUGUACACACUGACAAACCAAAAGAGUUCCUGGAAAUUGUUAGGGAUUUUCUUGGAUGAAUUACUGGAAUUAAAAUGGAUCUUUAAGCUUUUCCGUUUGUUCCUUUGGUUUUGCAAGGACAUUUUUUGUUAUCCCAAUGAACACCUGGAAAGUAGAACUGUAGAAAAUAUCUAUGUUUCUUUCAUAGCCACACAAUGGUUGUUAGUGAAGACCUUCAUGAAUGCAACUUACAGAUUCUACAUUAAUGUUAUCCUUGGCACUAGUUUCAAAUAUUUU